AAACUCCUCAACUUUGCUCCCUUUAAUCCCAAAAUUCCCCCAUACAUAGUGCAGGCAUCUCGCUCGCACGUCACACGCAAAAAAAAAAAAAACACCCUCCCAGCCAGCGACUUGCAUUAACUCGCAAGUCACGCAUACCGCGGUCCGCGCCUUUCCUAAUCCAACUUCAGCUUUUCCAACGAGAGGCCGGAGCGUGGCUCUUGAUAUUAAGCCCAGAGAAAUCCAAUUUAUCCUCCAUGCAGCGUCCGUGCCGAUGGAACCUCCACUAGACCCGGUCCGACCAGAUUCUAGUUCGCAAAGAGGCCAUUCACGCAAGCAAGUUUCGAAGGGGGCCCGUUUGUGUUCGGUUUCGCCACCCAAACUCUGCUGUCGACGCUUCGCUUUUCCCAAGCCAAGGUUACAGUAUGGAGUCUUUGGAGUACACGUUAUCUCGGCCGGGCUGCCUUUAGUUUCGCGUCGGGUCUGUAUCCCUUUCUUCUCCCUCUCUCCUCUCAGUGUCCACAAGGCAUUAUGUCACCCUCACUCGCCUUCUGGACGGCACAUGUCUGUAACUGGAUUCUUCUUCGUCUUGGGCUUCCCACCCGCCCAAGCAACAUGCAAUCCCAUAGCCGCGUUGCUCUAAUUCGCCCGUCCGCAUGAACAGAGGCUAAAUGGCAAAUCUAUGCCCUCUCGAUGCAACAAACCAUCAUUCCCCCCUCUCUCCUCCCUCCUCUAUCAUGCACGAAGGCAAACGCGAGAAACUUGGUGCCAAGUCGCGGUGCCCGUUAAUUAACACCCGUCGAACCGCGCCGCUGCACUCGGCCUUGCGCCUUGUCGACAAGCCACCGAUACGCCAUCUCUUCCCAUCCCAUCCACCCCCUCCUUUGCAUUACUCGACUCGGGAAUCGCCAUACAAGUCGUUCGAUUCGACGCUGGGUUAACAAUGUUCCUGUUCCUGUUCUCGCCGUUUUCACAGGCAACAGGCACC